AUGGUGAUCCAGAAGCUUCACAUUCAUGACCUGGACACUUCCGGUUGGCACCUGUUUGACUCCGUCAAGGGGUGGUGGGCGAGCACAUGCGUUGCGGGCUCUAGUGACUGCAAAGCGAAGGCAUCUAUUACCAUGAUUGUCUCGUGGGUCAUCUGGAACGAGCGCAACGCAAGGGUGUUCCGGCACACGAGCGCACCUCCUCACAUUCUACUCAACACCAUCGUCGACGAGACUAAUCUUUGGGUCAAGGCUAGGGUGUUCCGGCACAAGAUCAUCCGUCAAGGGGUGGUGGGCAAUCUCCUUGUCAUGCCGCUUUUUGGCGCGUUGUCCGAGACUUUCUUCUGCAAGGCACUUUGGAUCUACUACAGCCAGCUGAAAAUUAACUUGACUCGUUUGAGGUUUUUUGCUUUAGCUCCCUCUCACCUUCGUCCACCUCCUCACAGGAAAGCGAUUUUGCCUCCCCCAUCCACCAGCAGACUUCUGUCGCCUCCUCCUCUCCGGCGAUCUCGUUCUUGCCUUCGUUCCGACGUCGGCCGUGCCGUCCAGUAUUGCCGCCUCGGGGAUGUUGAAUGGCCCGUGGCGUCAUGCACUGAACCCUACGUUCUUGAGGAUUUGAUCUUUCUCAAGGGCAACCUGCAUGCGCUGGUCAGAUCUGAAGAUGCCAACAGCCUAUGUUACCGUCUCGCCAUGGCCAAUCUGUCAGACAAGAAUUCAGUGGAAUUAAGGUUUCUUGGAGAUCAUUUGGAUACACAGGCCGCACAUGGGAGUUCAUAUUUCUGCCUCGCAGACUGUCUUGAUGAGUUGUUGCUUAUUAGCGCUGUUGGGGACUGCCCAGAGGAGUUUCAUGUUUUCCGGUGGCAGUCAAGGGAGGGGAAGUGGACAAGGACUACUAGCCUUGGUGACUGCACAUUGUUCUUGUCAUACUUUUACUUUGUAGGCCGUGUUGUUCCGACGAAAGGAAUGACAUGCUUUUCAGGUUAUUUCUUUGCAAGUUGCCUUGGUCCAGAUCAUCCAGGAGUUCGAAGGGACUGCAUAUACUUCACAGAUGCCAAAAGAAAGUGGAUCGAGUAUUCCUUGGCCGAUGGAUCUUGUGAGGAAUUUGUUGCUGAGAACUUAGAGGGAGCUGCAUUGUCCGAUUCUGAUUUCAGGCCACCUCUUUGGGUCUUUCCGAGCAUGUGUUGAUGCACUCGUAUGGAUCACGGAACUAUGUGAAAGUUACUGUCCAAAGGAAGUCAUUUGUGAGUGACCCAGAAGCACAAAACGAUGCUACGGACCACCAGGAUGGGAGCAUCUCCAACUCGGAUGAGUAGACAUCAGGGUAAUCGUUCACGCUGAAACCUACUCUCCAAUAAAAGACAUAAAUAGUCUACUGUACAUUUAUAAUGUAUGUAUCCACUGCUAUUUCACCAUGAGCAGAGUACCAUGGCCUAUUAACAUGGGUAUGUAAUGUCCGCGGCUUUGCAAAUCUUUUGGACAAGCCUGUAAGACAUAAUGCUGAUUCCAGGAUGAUUUGUAGUACUAUUUCAUAUCGUUCCAGCUUA